UUUUAUUUUUGAAAGGAAAAAAAAAAAAAAAAAAAACCCUAAAAACCUUUUCCGCCUUGCGCUUUUUUCUUAACAAUCAUGAAAGGAACGAAACGUUUUGCCAUGUCCGACUCCAUUCCCGACACGAACGACACGGCCUUCCGUAAUAAAAGAGUGAUGGAAGGAUCUAGUGCUGAUGUUCAUAGGGCAGAGCCAUCUCAGCAGUUGACUAUGACGCCUCCAUUGGAUAUGCAACGGGCUAAGUCAUCUUGUCAGCAUGUGAGAGCUCUCAAUACCCAGUUUGCAAGUUGGGUCCAAGCACAAUUGAAGAACCACCCUGAUGAACUUUGGGAAGACGGUGUCCGGGACUACCUUGCUCAUGCUUCAAACAUUAUGGAGAAGUUCAGUGAUGUUGUCAACUGGCUCAAAGCAAAUGCAGCCAAUGGAGGUAGUUCUUCUGCUGCAGAAUCUCAAACCAAGGAAAAUAAAAUGUUUAAUGAAACCAAGAAUAGUGGGAUAAAGUUAUCUCAAGAGAAAGCUGCCAUAACUCUAGCGGGUACCUCUUCAAGCUUUGGAACACCAUGGAGUUCUGGACUUUUAUUCAAUAACCAAUCUACUGGGUUUCCUCCAGCGAGCACAACUACACCAUCAGCAACUUCAUUUAGCUCUGGAGCAUUUUCAAACAGUCAAACCCCUGGAUCUAUUCCAGGCACAGCCACUGCCUUUGCAAAUUCAUUUAGCUCUGGAGCACUUUCAAAUAGUCAAAGCCCUGGAUCUACUCCAGCAAGCACAACCACAGCCUUUGCAACUUCAUUGAGCUCUGGAUUAUUUUCAAACAAUCAAGCCCCUGGAUUUAUUCCAGCAAGUACAACUGCAAGCUUUCCAAAUUUAUGGAGCUCUGGAGUAUUUUCAAACAAUCAAACUCCUGUCUCUUUUGGAAUUCAAAAUUCAGGCACUGUUAAUCAAAGUUCAGUUCCCACAAACUGUGAUGCUACCGAUGAUGCAGAUGGUGAAAAUGAGUUGGAGCAGCCUAGCAGCCCAUCAGUAAAAAAGUCUGAGGAGAAGGGAAUAGUUGUUGUUCAUGAAGUCAAGUGCAAGCUUUAUGUGAAGUCAAGUGAUCCGGCAGAUAAAGAUGCAUGGAAAGACAAAGGCAUGGGGCAACUUUCCAUCAAAUGCAAAGAGGGUGUCGACAAGGGUACAAAAGAAUCCAAACCAACAAUAAUUGUUAGAAAUGAUGUUGGGAAACUGCUGCUUAAUGCUUUGCUAUACCCUGGCAUCAAGACAAAUUUGCAGAAGAAUUCCAUUGUUGCAAUAUUCCAUACUUCGGGUGAUAAUGAUGGAAGUGAUAAAGUUGUUGCACGAACCUUCUUAAUUAGGACAAAAACGGAGGAAGAUCGAAAUAAGCUGGCUACAGCAAUGCAAGAAUAUGCCCCUGCAUCAUGAAAAUAACUUUAA